GGUUUAAUCAACUACCACACAAUUAUUUUGCAGACUAUUCUGCUUUGUGGUUGAAAGGGUUACCAUUUAAUCAUUAUUUGUAACACUUGAUUGACAAUUCUACAGUUUUUUAUUCUGAUCCAUGUAGUUUGGUAAAAAAAAAAUAAAUUAGGAUUUCAAGAGUAAAUUAUGUUCUCUGCAUCUUUAUUGUUAAAAAUCCUGCAACAUUUCUGUUGGUUUCCAUAUUUUGUUUCACCUUAGUUCUUUGCUCAUUCUCUAGCCAGCCUGAUUUUCCAGGUUGCUACUGCAUGAAAAAGUGGACAAUCGAUCAACAUUUCUACUGUGUUAAUCAAUCACAGAAUGUCAAAAAUGAAAUUGUUUCCUCCGCUUAACUUUGAGCACAGAUCCUAAAAUAAUAUGACUGAUGGACUGGAUCGACAGCUCUUGACAAAUUGUCAGCUAAAACAUGGGGAGGGGAAUGCAGAAGUUUGACCCUCCUGUAAACCUGUAAUAACUGGGCAUUAAGCCACUGAACUACAGCCACACGCAAUGGGUGACAAACAGUUACAAACACACACCAAGCCACACUUAACGCUACAAACCUAGUGUGGAAAUUAGAUUGUUAUUUCUAUUGCUUAUCUACAUUGUCAUGUAGAAAAGAAAACUCAGUGAAAUAACACAUUUUUUGGAACUGGGAAUACAAUUUUCUGCACUAGGAACUAAUGCGGAGAAAAAGCUUUAUCCCUCACCAACGGAAAUUUGGAAACAGAAGGAAUACAAUAAAAUAAGUGUGCUGAAGAACAGGCCUACUUUAAAGGGAUAUCACAAACCAUGCCUUUGCCCUACACAACACUUUCAACACGGUGUUGGUGUAUCACAUGUCAGGGCACGUCCAUUCUGCACUAGCAUUGGGGACAACACAAAUUUGUGAAUGAACUUGAAACCUUGAACAGCUCAAUACAGGGCACUAAGGGGAGAGGAGAGGAAACAUCAUGCCUAUUGGAGUCCCUAUGGGCCUUGUGUCCAAGAGCUGUAGAGGGCAAAGUGCCAACUAUCUCUGAUUUUAUAGCAAACUUCCACCUGUGAUUUGCAGGUGUGGAAAACUAAAAAAAAAAAAAAAAUUCCUGCCACGAAUGAAUAACAUCAGAAACAUACGAACAUAUGGUACUACUAUAUUCAACGUGUACAUCCUGUCGUUGCAACAGCAUACAGCAUACAAUGUCCUGUCAACAACGCAGUCAGGAAUGAGUCAUACAUGUACACAGGAACCUUCAGAGAGUAUACGCUUAUGUGAUAUGGCAUCCAAUGUCACAGUCCAAUCCGUCCUGAGCAAGAUCAGCCAGGAUCAUCUAGAAUGUUCCAUCUGCUCCUGUCGUUUCAAGGAGCCUAAAGUGCUGGACUGCUUACAUAGUUUCUGCCUGAAAUGCCUCCAGCAGCUCAGCCAAGGUCAAGGAUCAGGUUCUACCAAGCUAACGUGUCCUCUCUGCAGACAUGACACCAAGCUGAAAGGAAAUGAUGUUGCUGCUUUGCCUAAUAACUUUGCACUGGGAGCCCUGGUUGAAGAAUUCACAAUACAGGAACAACUGUCUGGGGUUCAGUUGGGUUCAGAGAUCAAAUGUCAAGCCUGUGAGGAAGAGAAUCCAGCUAUCUCAAGAUGUAUGGACUGUGACAGUUUCCUAUGUCAAGAAUGCAAAACGUUACAUGGACGUCUGGCCAUGUUGAAAUCUCAUUCAAUCCGUACACUGGAUGAGCUUAGCUCAGGCAAAAAUGUCUACAAGAGCAAAUUACGAGAAACUCCAAAAUGUGCGAGACAUCCAGAUCAAAUUGUCAGCAUGUACUGCAACACAUGUGAGACAGUAGUGUGCACCACAUGCUACGCCCUCCAUCAUGCAAAGCACUCCCUUACUGACUUGUCGGAAGCAUCUGGCAAAUGCAAGCAGGACAUUGCAGAGAUGAUGGCAAAAGCCGAAAAGAUCCAGAAAACCUGGCGCACAGCUGAAAAGAAAGUGGCAGGGACAAGGGAAAAACUUGGCAACAUGUAUUUCGAUGCCACAGCAAAAAUCUCCGAGAAGGCUGACAAGGAGGUUGCAAGGAUAAGACAGGAGGAGAGAAAGCUGAAGGAAGAGGUAGAGAAGGUUUACAAAGAGAAACUUCAGAAGCUGACAACUGCUGAAGCUACAUGCAGCAAGGAGAGGAGCCAAACAGCACAGAAGCUGGAUGAUGUGAACAGACUUGUGGCACGAGCAAGCUCCUGUGAGAUUCUUAACCUCAAGGAGAAACUCUUUCAAAACCUCCAAGAACUUUCAAGUAAAAAACCACCAGCUGUCACAAAACAAGCUGCCUUUCAUUUUGAAGAGGGUGAAGAGGUCAGCCUUGGCAAACUGGUGCUAGAUGCCAAAUCCAAACCAAAAUUACAAGCCCAAGAUGAGGAGAAUCCACUGCAGGGACCAGAGCAGCCUUAUCUUUCCAAAACGUGGGACUUAAAGACAGAGAGAAAGAAUUUUGACUCUGCUAGAGAUGUUGCAGUGUGCUCCAACAAUGAUAUCAUUGUGGUGGAGGCAAAAGCCACACAACACCAUCUGAAAACUUUCGUUCCUGUUAGCAAAAGCGAAGCCAAAUUGCAAGGCACUGUCCCAUCUAAAGCAACGAUACUUCAAAUCAAAGGUUUAAAAAACCCAAGCCAAGUCAAAGUAGACAAAAAUGAUCAAAUCACUAUUCUAGACCGUAAAGUAGUCAAGACCUUCAACCGGGAUUAUCAGCUCCUCCGUUUUUUCGAAGCUACUGAUGAUUUGUCUCGCCCACCAUCGUGCCUCGCAGUGGAUGACAACGUGAUAGCACUGGGUUAUGAGAGAAAGGGAGAGAUUUCCUUGCACAAUCCGUAUGGAACCCUCAUAAAGACCCUACCAGCUCCAGGCAUUAGCGAUAACAUGACACUCUCUAAUCAGCAUCUCAUCUACACCAACAGAAAACAGAAACAGGUUGUGUCGGUUGACUACAAGGGCAGUGUGGUGUUCUCGGCAGAGAUACCGAGCCAGGCCUCUCAGCAAUGUGAACUAUCAGAUGUGUGCUGUGAUGACCAAGGAUACAUAUUUGUAGCGGCCUUUAUAAAUAACGAACGAGCUGAAAUUCAUCACUUCAGUCCUGAUGGCAAGCAUCUCGGGCGGGUGAUAAGGGGACAGUAUCUUAUUAAGGGCAUCACUUUUUCACCAUGUUGUACAAUGCUGGUAGUUGCUGCCGGGAAUUCUGUUAAAAUCUACCAUCAAACAUAGAUCUACCAUCAAGAAUUCAACUACCAUUGGCAUACAUACAACAUCAAACACAGAUCUAUUAUCAAGCACAGAUCUAUCACUGAGUA